CUUUCUCUCUCUUGAAAAUUCCCUUCCCUUGAUUUUCUCUCACCCCUCUCUUUCCUUCACUUUCACCUGCUUGUCAAACACAGCUAAGAACUAUAACUUUGUAGGGGUUUACGGAAGUUUGUGGUGGAGUUCGAUGCCUAUUGAGGGGGAUUUGGCUGCUUUUGAACGGGGAUUGGUAUUGUCAACUGGGAUUUUCGCCAUGACGGUUUCUAGCCGUAUUUGUUACUCGGAGCUGUAAAGACCUUUUUGGCUUCCAUUUUCUUAUCAUUCUUUUGGUACUCAAAAAAAUGAACGGGAGUGGGAGUGGGAGUGGGAGUGGUAGUGGUAGUAGUAGAAGCAGAAGCUGCAGAGGUAUCAUUCCUAUAAUUGAGGUAGUUCACCAUGUGGACAAGAAGGUAAACAUGAUAGGCGUUGUUGUAGAGUUCUCUCUCCCUAGAAAGAGCUGUGGAACAGAUUAUGUGUCCACAUUGAAGAUUGUGGAUGAGUCACAACAGAGCCCUGAAUUCUCUGUAAAUAUUUUCACCGAGAAAGUGCAGCAUCUUCCGGUUGUAAAAUCUCACAGCGACUUGGUUGUCCUUCAUAAUGUCAUGAUUAAAAAGCAUGAUGGGGAGGUGAAUGCUGUUUUCAGCAAAAACUUCUCAUCAUUUGCUUUGUUUGAUGGAAAAAAUAGCAAUGACUUAUCUUGUUAUCAAGCUUUGAGAAGUUUCUCUCUAUCAUGGCGCGAAAUGAAUUGCAUAAAAAAUCUAAGGAAUUGGUGGCCUAGUGCUCACAUCGAUUCAGGCAAAAGUGAGUACCUGGUAUCAGUGAAAGACAUUUCAAGUGAUACCUAUUUUGACCUUGUAUGCAAGGUUUUGCAUGCCUCCUUUGAUGUUUCUAGAGGCCUAUGGAUUCUCUUUGUGUGGGAUGGGAGUGAUGCCCCUUUAUUAAGCCUUGAUGGAAAACUCAAGGAUGAGGAGAAGAAUCCGCUUCCAUUGCAAGUGGAAUCAUUUGCAUUAGAUCAAGACACCCUUUCCAAGUUUUAUCGUGUUGGAACUAUUUUAAGAGUGAUGGCUGAUAAAUCUCAUGAAAAUCUUGGUCUACAGUUUCAUGGAGUUGGCAAAUGGGUGAGAAUCCGCAAUGUGGGUGCUAAAGUGUUGUCAGGGAUGUGGUAUGGUGCUUUGAAUUCUUUUUCCAGAGUUAGACUUCUUGCUGAUGAUGACAUUAUUGUUGUGGAGUGUAAAAGGAAAUUUCAAGAGAGAAGAUUGGAACUUGGACGGUUACCCUUAUGGAGCAUUGAUGAUGACUUAACUGUGACAGAUUAUAAUGAGAUGGACAACAUUCAAUUUGGCUCGUUGAUGGAUAUUCUUUCAUAUGAAAAGGAUGACAGUAUAUUUUGUUGUGUUGUUCGUGUGAUGGCAAUCCAUCCCUUUCAAGCUGAAGACUUGCAUUCAUCUGCUGAGAGGGGUGAACAUGAGAUGAGAUUGACGCUAGAGGACCCAACAGCAAGAAUUCAUGCCUAUUUAUUAGGGAAAGAGUUGGUGGAAUUUUUCAAUGGUUUUCCUCCUGAUUUGCUGGAUGUCAAAAUGAAGAAAUUACUUGGAGUGCCAGAACAUGAAAAUUUGGCCGAUGAUACAAAUUUUACAAGACAUCCACCAUUGGUAAAGUGUUGUAUAGAUUCAAUGAAGGAUAAUUUUGGGAACACACAUUAUUAUGUUUGUCAUACUUGGUUGAAGUAGUAGUCUUGGGCAUGAACAAUUAGGUUCUCUCUCGUUUUCUCGGUAGUUCUCUUUUGUUCUUGUAUACUUGCAUAGUGGCAUAGGAUUUGGCAGUAUUAUUUUUGUUCGAAAUGGGGGUAUGACUAAUACUUUUGUAAGACAAAGUGCUUGUUUGAUGACGAUGAUGAUAGUAAAUAGUAUAUUAGUUUUGUACCUGAA